GGAGGAGCGGUGCGGCGGCGCCGCUCGGAGCUGGGCUGCUCUGCUGGGACCGGGACCGGGACCGGGACCAGGACCGGGACCGGGAUCGGAUCGGAUCGGUACCAGGACCAGAACCGGGAUUGGGACCGGCAUCGCGAUCAGAACUAGGACAGCGGAGCCGGGAGCGCGCCCCCGAGCGGCGGGGCGGGCUGCGGCGCUCAGGGCUGCGCGCCUCCGGCCGGGGCACGGCUCCGCAUCGGGACAGCGCAGCUCCGCUCCGCGCACCCUGCGCGCCUCUCCGCACGGUACCGGGGCAGCGCUCCGCGCCUCUCCUCCCCGCACCGGGGCAGCGCUCCGCGCCGCUCCGCACGGUACCGGGGCAGCGCUCCGCGCCGCUCCGCACGGUACCGGGGCAGCGCUCCGCGCCUCUCCGCACGGCAGCGCGGCCCCGCUCCGCGCGAUGCUGCCGGGGCGCUCCCCGCACCGCUGCGCCUGAGGCGGGCGCGGGGCGGCCAUGCAGCCCUCACUGUCUUAGCUGAGCGCGGCGCUCGGCCCGGAGCCCGCGGCCACCCCCCGGCGGCACCGGCAGCACCGGCACCAUGAGGAACGGCGAUGACCUGGAAGGCUUCGACGGCGAGGCGUCCAGCGCCUCCAUGAUCUCGGCGGCCAGCAGCCCCUACCAGCCCACCACGGAGCCCGUCAGCCAGCGCCGCGGGCUGGGCGGCCUGCGCUGCGACCUGGACUACCUGCGGGGCACCUUGGGCAGGCUGAAGCUGGCCGAGGUGCUUUUGGCGCUGACCGCGUUCAUCUGCAUAGAGACCAUCAUGGAAUGCUCCCCUUGCGAGGGCCUGUAUUUCUUUGAGUUCGUCAGCUGCAGUGCUCUGGUGGUCACCGGGGCUCUCCUGCUUUUGUUCAGUCUCAGCCUUCACACAAGAAUACCCCAGAUCAACUGGAAUCUUACUGAUCUGGUCAACACUGGACUCAGCACUUUCUUCUUUUUCAUUGCCUCUGUAGUACUGGCUGCUUUAAACCAUAAAACUGGAGCAGAAAUUGCUGCUGUGGUGUUCGGGUUCCUGGCCACGGCGGUGUUCGCGCUGAACGCGGCGGUGGCGGUGCAGCGCUGGCGGCUGGGCCGGCGGCAGCAGAGCCGCCAGGGCAGCGAGUACAUCCGCGCGCGCAGCGAGUCCCGCGAGGUGGUGCCCCGGCCCGAGAUCCAGCGCCUGGACGCCUGAGAGCCGCCCCGCUGCCGCCGCAAGGGAAAGCAGCGCUCGGCUCCCUCGUGGAACAAGGCUUGGGCUUUAUUGAAGGAGGAAAAGGUGCAUCGAGGGCGGCGAGGAUGCCCAGCCCUGCGCGUGUGCGGAGAUGUGUUGAGCCAGAAGCUGCUGUCAUGGAGGCAGAAAAUGGUGGUGGUUCAAAAGGAAGAUCCCCUCAAGGCCUCCACAUGGACAUGGGCAUAUAUUAUAUAGCUCCCAGAAGAUAUAAUAUAUGUCUGCUCUGAAGUCUGUCAUUGCUUUGGAUUACCUGCACAGCAGUUCCCUUCCCUCCCUGGAGUUCCCCUGUUCCUGCAGCUGCCCCGGGGACGGAGCAGCCCUGCCUGGCUGCUGAGGGAGGAGAUGGAGCACCCAGAUGUGCCAAGGAGCCAGGGGCACUCAGCAAUAACUCAGCCAGCGGGGCCUGUCCGUCCCAAACUGUGUCUGUCUGUCUGUCUCCUCCUGCCCUGAGCUCUGCACAGCCGCCUGCCUGCUGGAGAGCCGUGCCGGAGUUCUGCUGGGCGCUGGGAAGGGCCCUGGCCGAGCCUGGGGGUCGCUGCUGCCAUGGGAGGCACCGAGGGGACGGAGGCGCUGCCUGCUCCUGUUGGGACACAUUCCAGUUUUCAUUCCAAAGUGGGAAAAUAAAUAUGUUUAGGAGAUGGGUGCAGAAAAGGGGCUUAAGGGGCACAGUACAGAACAAAAGGGUUGUCAUCCUACAGACUUACAUUCCAGCCAUGGCUUUCUUUUUUUUCCCCUCUUUUUUUUUUAAGGUUCAACAUUUCUAGAAGUUUUUGCUAGAACUUGCUUUCCCUCUAAGCCCAGGGUAAGCAAGAACUAGCAAAAAUUUAUGCGCUUUUAAAGUGUUCCUAAGGUUGCAAUGUUGUGAUUCAUGUAAGGUAAAUAGUUCUUUUUGGAAGGAUGGUUGUUCUAAAAUUAAAACUUAAUUGGUGGUAGGUGAACCUGAUUUUUAUUUUAACUGGGUGUUUCUGCAGAUUUAUUCCCCUUAGGAUUCCUUGAAAAAUUAAUUUAGCUAAUUGGAAAAUAAUAUGAUUGUAUUGAUUUGUUUAGAAAUAGUUUUACUUAGCUGAAGGUUUUUUUUAAAUUUUCCUUGUACUUCCAAUGAAUGAAUUACAUUUUCUUUACUCAGAACUCAAAUUCAGCAGUAAUUGGCUAGAUAAUGUCACAAUAUUAUUAGGAAGAUGUCUCUUGAUAUUUUCCUGUUUCUUUGGUGUUUUUAUCACUUUAGUGCAUUAUUUGGCAUUUGUGUGCCUGUGUGAAGACAGUGUGUGUGGGAGGAGAUCUCUAGAACUGAACUCCUUUGUGGUGUGAGGAAAAUGCAAAUCUGUGCAGUUAGUGGGAUGGUUUGCCGUGUGUGGCUGAGUUUGUGUGUCCUGCUGGAGCUGCCCUGCUCAGGGGGAGUGCAGCCCCUGGAGCCUUAAGAGCAAUGGGCAGUGUGCUGGGUAAGGUAUUUAACAUGAAAACCAAGUUACACCAAACAGGAGAUCAGGAGAAGUGCCUGGGCUUUUGUACUACUGGAGGGAGCUGGGAUAGUGAAAGUGUGAACCUAAUGCUGCAAUAUUCAAAUUGAGCAGCAGAGAAUUAUUCUGAUGAGUGAAAAGGUGACAAAGGUGAUGCCUUUCCAUUUUCAGUGUAUUGACAUCUAUAGUGCAUUUCACCUCAGUGGCUGAGAAGAUUAAAAUUCAGAGUUACUGAUGAGGUUAAGGAAAAUUUGCAUUUUCUUAGUGAUUGAUGGUUUACCAGUUCCUACAGUAACAUUUAUUGUGCUUUACUGGAUGCUAUGCCAAAGGGAACACCAGUUUAAAAGAAGAUGGAACCAGCUCUUGGUGCUGGGUUAGAGCAGAUGUUCCACAGAGGGCUGUCUCACCUGGGUGCAUUUCCUGGGCAGCACAUGGCAGUUCCAUGGCCAGCAUGGUAAGAAAUAACAAUUUGUUAUUGCCAGAACUGCUGUGGCAGCCCUGCUGCUUGCCAGCACUGCCCAGGACUGGCAGAGUUUGCAAUGUCAAUUAUUGAAAGACUUUUAAAAAGUAGCACAGGCAUACCCAGUCAGGAAUUUUAAACUGCCAUCAAAGCAGUUUGGAUAAAGAUUGUAAAAAACCCCAAGCAAACCCAAACCAGACAAAACAAACAAACAAACAAAAAUCCCCACACAUCCCACACCAAAAUCAAGCCAAACGCACCUACUGAAAUACAAAACAGAGUUCUCCAGAAGAUCCAUGCUUUUGGAGUGGAGCUGCCAUCUGAAAUCAGGAACAGGAUGGUGUCACCAGGGGUUUUUGUCAGGAACUGUCCUGUCACUGGCCAGGGCUGAAGGAGCAUUCCCAGAUCCUCUCCUGUGCUCCCUGAGCUCAUUGAGGCUGGGGCAGAGCUCUGGGAGCUGUGUGCCUCUCUAGGUUUAUGAAUUUGUACCUUUCAAACCUGUCCUGGCCUAGGAGAAGGGUAACUGGGGGUUUGGCUGUGCCGUGAGCUGCAGUGACAGGAGCAGAGUGGGGCAGUCACAGGAGGGGUGAGAUUCCUGCAGCUGGGAAUGCCAGUGUUCAUUACUCACAUCAUGCCCUGAGCCUAGCACAGCUCUCAGGGUGGAAUCCAAAAGAGAACAGUAAUUUUAAAAACACUAUCCGAUUCACUUCGUGAAACAAAAGCAAAUGUAAAUGUGUAAUUUCCUCAUUUUUGGGACCAAAGAUGAUUUUAGUAUUGUAUAGUAUAUACUUUCUAAAAAAUCUUAAGCACUUACUGCUCUGCAGAGACAUUAUUUGCUAUUUGGAUUAUAUAGAAGGGAAGUAAAGUAGCUGUGAGAGACAAGUACAUUUGAAAUAUCAAGAUCAUUUGAUGUAUCCAUGGCUCAUUUCCCCUGAGUUAAUUUUACACAGUGUAUUGGAGAGGUACUUUUUUUAAGACUGUUACCUAAACUGCAGUCACACAAAAAACCCUUAAGGAAGAAAAGAGGGUAGAAAGUUUAAUUUUUUUUAAACUUGCUUAGAGAAGUGACAUUAAAUUGCUUCUCUCAGCCAGUUAGUCUUGCUUGUAAUUGCUAGCACACAGGGAUAAUUUCUUUUUGUCCUUAAGGGUGCUGUUUAGCUCCAUAAAGGGACUCAAACCCCACUGUAAACAGAACUAAAUGAAAGCAAACAGUUGAGGUCGGUAGGAACAGGAUGCUUGAAACAGUCAAGGUUUGGAUGAGUGCCCUUUGGUCAGAGAGAGCCCUCAGACCUGGAGUCUGUGUGUAUUUCUGGGUGUAGACAUGACUGAAUUCUGCCCCUGUGCACAGACAUGGCAGUGUUUGUUACACAGUGAGCUCUGCCUGGAGCAGCAGCCUGGGAGCUGUUGCUCAGUGCUGCAGGAGCCUCUCUGCCUGUCCUGCUCCGUUUGUGAGCCUCAGCUGAGGUUGGUGCCACGUCCUUGAGCUGUGCAAACAGCCCCAGCAGGAGCUCCUGAAACCACAGAGGAGCUCACUCACGUGUCUGAGUAAAGCCAAUUCCUCCUUCUUUCCCCCUUUUCCUUUCAUUUGGAAUAUUCGUGCCUCAUGGAUCAAAUGCUUUAAUAUUUAAUUCUUGCUAAGCCUCUGUUGGUCUGUGCAGUGCCAGGAAGAUGAGAAUGUGUCCCAAUAUCCCUUGGUGUCAGCUGUGGUGCUCUUCCCUUUCCUGCUGUGUUCUUUCUGUGGGACUGUGGAAUGCUGGUGCUGCUGUGAGAUUCCUGGUGGGAGCUUGGGAGGGGUAAGAGUGACCUCCCUGUGCCUUGUGAGACAGGCACUGGCCCCAGAGAGCUGAGAUUGCAGUCUGUGCUGCUCGCUGCAUUCAGGAGCGCAGCAUCAGCCAAGAUCUGUGCCUUGGCAGCAGCUCCUCCUCUUCCAGUUAAGGUGUCUUUUACAUGGGACAAAGGAGCAGCGUGUGCUGCUCUUCCCUUGGCAUUGUCACUGUUGUGAUGAACACUUCCCAGGGUUUGUUUGUCACUCUGGUCUCAUGGCACGCUCUGGCAUAGUUUCAGCUCUCUGGAUUUCAUGGCUGCUUCCAGAAAGAGGAGGGAAAGGUUCCCACUCCUCCCUGGGGUAGCAGUUUAUGUUCCCCCUGUGAAUUAUUCUGUCCAUGUGCUGAUUGUCCCCUCCCACCAGGGCAGAGCCAGUGGUUCGUGGAGUGCUGUGCACACAGCAGAGAGAGAAUCUGCUGCCCUGGACUGUUCUGGCUCAGUUAAACACCAACUUUUCAUGAGCUUUAAGGUCCCUAAAUGAAUUUGGUCACCUCUCCACUCUUUUGGGGAUGUGCAGGCACAGCAAAUGCUUACCCAAUCUGUGGCUUUAUUAAUGCAAUUCUUUCUUCCUCCCUCUUCCUUAGGCCUCUUUCUGUAUCUAUUAUUUUCUUGACUCAUGUCAUGUUGUAAUAAUUUCUACUUGUUUUCUUUCAUGAGGGAAAAAAACUCACCAAAAAUCUAAAAAAAGCAAGAAUAAUGGUUUUAGGGCAUAAUUAAAAAAUGAAAACAAACUUAAUAGCAGUUCAGAUAGUGUAGGAAGUAAUAUUGUCUCUCCUACUCGGUUGGGAUACUGAUCAGCUUUGUCCAUGGAGGAGCAUGAAGAACAGAACUGUCCUGAAAGCUCUGGAGCCAGAACUCUCCAGUGGGCAUUGAGGAUAAUAAAAGGCACAGUGUGAUAAGGGAUUGGAGAUGUGAGAAGGGCGCUUGGUAAUGCAGAGCUUUCAAAGUGAGACAUGAACAGGAAGAGCCCACAGUGGCCACAGCAGUCAUGGGGAUCUCAGGGAGCUGGGAAGGGGCUGGGAUUGCCCAGGCUCAGCUUCCAGAGGGGGAUCCAGGCUGGUCCCUGCUCAGUCCUGCGGGGCAAGGAAAGCCAGUCUGGCAUGUCUGAAAAUCAGGCUCUUGGCUUGUGCUGUUUGUAGCAUGAAAUAAUGGAUUGUUCAUUGUCUGGAGGGCCAGCAAAGCUCAGAAUUACUGUGCAGGUAGAGGUGUCCUGUGUGUGAGAUUUAAUGGCAACAAAAGCAUUUUAAAAUGAUCCUGAAAUCAGUACAAAAAUGCAUGGAAUGUGUGAAAGUACUUUGUAGAAAUUAUGCCCUGUUCCUCUCUUUAUUUUGACAGAGGGAUUGGUUGAAAUGAAUUUAAACACAUACUCAGGAAAUCUCUGAAUGACAUUGUAGAGGGUUUCCCUGGUAUAUUAUUUUUAUUUUCCCUGUCAGCCAUUUGGCCACCUUGAUAGAUCUGCUUGACCUAGUCAGAGUGGUGCUGUCCAACCUGAAAGGGUUCCCUUGUUUUGGUCUUUUUUUUUUUUUUUUUUUGGGGGUUGUAUUUUAAAAACCUGUCUAUAAUUUAACCAUUUGUAUGCUAAAAAUAAUCUUAAAAAAAUCUGCUUACACUGUGAUUUUUGGUAGCCUUUAAUUUAGAGUAUACAACACAAUCUAAUUUUCUUUUGGGAUAUGCAGCUUUCAGAAGUGUUCUUAUAUAUGCCCAGAAAUGAAAGUUGUCUAUUUAUCAUAGGAAUGUGAUUAGAUAAAGUAACCUAUCCAGAAUCCCAGUGCAGCUCUUUCAUGUGUGCUGGAUGGACUAGUUAGUGAAAUUGCCUUUUAAUCUCUAUGGGUUAAUAAAUAUUUUUUUAUAACUAGCCACAGAUAUUCCUUUUUAAAUUAUACUUGGCAAACAGAAGAUAUUUAAUUUUAUAUACAAUAUACAUAGUUACCUUGAUUGACAUAUUUAUAACAUAGAGCUUUGUGUUUACUAUGAAGGUUUUAUCUGUAUCCCAUGGACUUCAUGGGUAAAACGUUGAAAAGUCAGUUAGCAUUUAUGGAAGGUUAUGGGAACUUUCUUCAUGGCUUCACAAUGAGGACAUAGGAGCAUUUAAAAGGCAAUAGCCAGAUUGUUUUACAGAGUAUCUUAUUUUUUGAUUGGGGCUGGUCCCUGCAGCUAUUUUAAUAACAUCUGGAUAUGAGUAACAGAAUGGAAUAUGAGCAUCUGCCUCUUCUGACUGUCACAGGCUAUUGUCUAGAGCACAGGAAAUUUCAGGGUAUUGUAUUGUUUUGCUUCGGACAAAUGUCUCAAUAGACCUAUUUAAUUAAAACCUUCAUGUGUCUGAAAGAAAACAUCCUCUCUUAACCAGGCUGAUUUAUCACUUCUGGUACCCUUUUAAUCCCAAAAUAGUGUUGUCUAAAUAUUUUUAAUGAUGUUCCAGCUAUCCUGAUGUCUGCAGGUUAAAGUGGUCCUGGCUAGCACCCUUUUAUUACAACAAUUGCUACCUUCAUUUUUCUACUGUUUCUACUUUAAUCUUGAAUGUUUACCAGUUUCUAUUGUUGGAUCUUGUGGAGGGAGAGUGUCUUAGCACUACAGCUCAUCCAGCUUUAACUCAUACAUCACAGUCCUGGAGUAAGAAAAUAUUUUGAAUUAUAUAUUGUGGCCAAUUUAUUGCAUUUUAAAAUGACUUCUAUACUUACGACACAACAUUUAUGACAAAAUAGGACGAAUGACUUAGCUAAUCAUUGUAUCUGUCUAGACUUACUCUCUUUUGUGUUAGUGUAAUUUUGAAACUAUUUGUAUAUGUUGAAGUUUGUAAGGGUUCAGGAACCCACAAUAAAAUAGUAAAGUAUGUAUUUAUUUCUCAUUAUAAUGCUCAAAUUUGAUUUGGAAGUUGACACUUUGUAUGUCUUUUCACAGAAUUGUAAACAAAUACCGAAAAACUGCUUCACCUAGGGUGCCUUCCAUGUGUGGUACUAACACUUGUCAUUCACAGGAACAGAGAUGUAAAUUUAUGAAUCCAGUAAACACUAUUUUUGUAAUGUGAGUCACUAACGCAGCUCUGGCCUUGCUGUGCUUUGUUCCCACCAACACCAGGUUUAUGGCUGCCGUGGUCGCUGCCUUCCCUCCCAUGUGCACUGGAUCUGACCCCUGGGGAACCACAGGUUGUGUCUCCUUUGCUCUGCCCCCAGCUGCCCCCCGAGCACAUUCCUGGUGCUCCAGGUCCCCUUCCUUGGGCCUUGUGGAGGGAUGCUCAGGGUGGGGUGUCUGUGUCCUCAGGGCUGACCCUGGCUCCUCUAGACCGACUGCAGCCCAAUCCAAACAUUCCAAUUCUAACUCAUCAAUUAUGAUUUACAGCUUCUGAGGAGGGAGCAUCCAGGCCUGACCAAAAGACUUUAUCUCUCUGGGUUACAGGUGCUCUAUUGACAGGUUUGUAAUUGCAAACAGCUCAGAGGAAUUAUGGAAACACCAGGUUCUAGAAUUCUAUUCAGGCUGAGCAAAGGGGAUGCAAUUUUCCUUUUUUCAUGAGCACAAGUCUGCUGUGCAAUACCCUUGGUACUCUGGAGUACAGCCUGCAGUGUUCUGUGCUGGAGAACCCUUGGUGCAUCUCUGAGUGGUGCGAGGGCAGCACCCGGCUGUGUCCUGCCCCGGCAGGGCCAGCCCAGGGCUCCCCUGACAGCAGAGCCUGCCCAGGACUGGGGGGUUCCAGCAGGCAGCACAUUCCCCUGGAGCCAGCUCACAGCCCUGGAGGAUUUCCCAUUGCCCUGCAGAGCCUGGAGCUGCAGCAGCUGCUCCAAGGUGGUGCCUCCAGCUGGGAGCCCCUUCCUGCCGUGCCCACAGCUGAACUCACUGCUGGCAGAGCAGCAGCUGCCAGCUCUGCUUGGGAAAGGUGUCCUGGGAAUGCUUGACCAAGCUCAAAGGCAGGGUACUCUACAAGAAAACACAACCUCCUUGUGUAGCUUGUUUUUACAGCAGUAACCAUCUGUCAGUUGUUCAGUUCUUUCUUUGGUGUCUGUGCUAAUCAAAAAACACAAGGUGAAGAAUUGUAAAGUCUUGCAAUACACAAAGCAGUCUUGGUUUUAAAAUCCAUGCUGUUGCAGCAUAAUUUAAAUGGUGUAUUUAUCAGUUUUAAAUGUCAUUUUGCUUUUCCAGUCUUUUGUAUAUGGGCACAAUACUUUUUGUAAAUUUUUUUUAUUUAGUUGUCUUUCAUGUCUUUUCUUUCUGGUAUUGGAAGAUUUGAGCUCUCUGGGUUUUCACGGUACUCUUCUGACCAUUCUUCAUAGUGGUAAAAGUCUGUAUUUUUGUAUGUAGGAGAAAUGGAAGUUUUCUAACACUUAUCCCAAUCAAUAUAGUACGGAUCAUUUGUGAAGGACUUUCUGUUUAAUAAAUGGACAUAUUAAAGUA